UAAUACUCGUUGCUCUGUUCCCCAAUUCAACCCACCUAACUCAGCCGCUUGAUGUCAGUUUUUUCGGACCAUUGAAGAAGCACUGGCAAAGUCAAAUCCUGAAGUUCCGGGCAGAACAUGGAAUGGUUCCAAUCAGCAAAUCACAAGUAUGUCCUCUGAUGCGAGAUGCUCUCAUUAGUUUUACAUCAAAAGAAGCAGUUAUCCGGAGCGGCUUUAUGCGUAGUGGAAUUUAUCCGUGGUCACCCGAUGCAGUGGAUUACUCCUCUCUACCAUCUCAUGCGAAUGAAAACGAAUCCGGAAAGGAAGCGCUGCUUUCAGAUUCACCAGAAAUGAGGUUGAUUCGACUGCUAGAAAGCAGACUCACCAUACAGCAAUUUGCAGAAUUUCAGCAGCACGAGGAAUCGGUUACCUGGCCCGGCAAUAUCACGGACACCAACCUUUUCUACGUAUGGAGGAAUUUAAAAAUCAGUUGCAAUGAUCUCUGCAGCAAUGCUAAGUCUGACAAUGCGGUCAAUGAUGAAGUACAACAAAUAAGGGGAGGCGAACUUUCGGACGAGGAGAGCGAUUUCAAGGGAUUUUCAGAGGAUGAAAUGAAUCGUGCAGGUGUUGUACCGCAAAACGAUUCCUGCCAAAUAACAUCUCUAGCUAGUACAUCCUUGAAAGAAGUUGAACCGGAGCAGAACAACAGCGAUAAGGAGAACGACGUUAAUGAUGUGGCAUUCAACAGUUCAUUCAGCCUACCGACGACUACGAAAACAACCCAAAAGCGGAAGGUUUUGCGGCCACCGACUGUCGCAACAAGCAAGGAAUUUGCUUUGUUCAUGGAAGCAAAGGUGAAGGAGAAAGAAGCAAUCGAAUUUGAAAAACAGCAAAAGCGAAAGGAGCGUGAAAUUAAAAAAGCACAAAAGCUAGCAGUUAAGGAGGACAAGAAAAGAAAGCCUAAGAAGCCGCGUUCAUCUUCGAAGUCACAAUUGCAGAAUGUGCGAAACUGAGAAACAAUCUGUUAAAUUCGGUAAACAUAAAAUUAAAGGCGUGUAAAGUAAAGAGAGAGAAAAGACUAACAGAAAAGUAAAACAAGAAAAGAAAAUCUAAAAAGCCACGAAAACAGCUUCAAACACAGAAAUGUACGAUUUGUAAAGAAACAUUUGAAAUAAAAGUUAAAUAAAAAAGCAUUUUGUUACUUUACUUACAAAUGACAGAAACAUCAUUAGCCAUCGAGCAAAUAGACAAUAUUGGUAUUCAUGUUAUCAUAUCCUUUUUCGAGUUUAAAAGUUGUAUGAUGUCGCUACUGAUCCGUUGUCUGUUUGUUUGUGCUUGUCACAUUAAACAAAAUAAUAGGUUGAACAGUUUGUUUCUAGGAAAAACAUCAAUUUAGUUUUGGGAGUUCUUUUGGAAAUUCUGUACCAUUUUGAGUACAGUGGAAGCUCGUUAUAACGACAACUUUUAUAGCGACAAAAACUCUCUAAAACGACAUUUUUCGGUCCCUUGAA